CAGUUCAAUGAAGACAUGAUCCCGACGGUGGGCUUUAACAUGAGGAAGAUCACCAAGGGGAACGUUACCAUAAAGCUCUGGGACAUCGGUGGCCAACCGCGGUUCCGCAGCAUGUGGGAGCGGUACUGCCGUGGAGUGAGUGCCAUCGUGUACAUGGUGGAUGCUGCUGACCAGGAGAAGAUAGAGGCCUCCAAGAAUGAACUGCACAACCUGCUUGACAAGCCACAGCUCCAGGGCAUCCCGGUCCUGGUGCUGGGGAACAAGCGAGACCUGCCUGGUGCCUUGGAUGAGAAGGAGCUCAUUGAGAAGAUGAACCUCUCUGCCAUCCAGGACCGAGAGAUUUGUUGCUACUCCAUUUCUUGCAAAGAAAAGGACAACAUCGACAUCACCCUACAGUGGCUUAUCCAGCACUCGAAGUCUAGGAGAAGCUGAGAUCCCUCAGACCAUGGCUCAGAUCAGGAAGAUGCCAUUGUACAAGUCCCUGCCCCUCCUCUCCUGCUCUGUCCCUCCAGCUCUCUCUCUAGUUGGGUAUUUUUAGGGGACCCUAGACUCCACUCGCCUUGAGGUGGAGCCCUUGUUUUUAUUGUAAAGAAAAUGUCCAACUCCGCCCUCCUCCUCUCUCUGUCUCUUCCUCCCAUUUUUGGCACUGUUUUGUUGUCUGUGUAUACAGUAUAUAUAUAUAUGUAUAUAUAUUUUAAUUUUUUAAUUUAAGCGAUAGCACUGUUACUGAACUGGGCCCUGGGAGCAGUGGGAAAGCUGUGGGUGCCCUGAGGCUGGCCAGGG